UUUGUUGACGAUUGACAGUUAGCUCGUCACGUCAUCAAAAUUUCAGGGAAUUUGUUUAUUCUAAUGAAUGGACAAGGUAUGAAGACGUGCGAUGGUCUCGACAGCGGCUAAGGAUCUCCUGGCAACUUCGGCCUCUAUUUGCACAGCUUUACAGUUUUUAGCUGGCACACUUGUGUGCAGAAAAUUCAUAAAAAAUGGAACAACUGGAGACGCAUCUGCCCUUGCCUUCAUUACGUGUCUGAUGUCGUGUAGCUUUUGGCUUCGAUAUGGGCAGAUGAUUGGCGACUUCUUCGUUGUCUGCGUCAAUAUAUUCGGGGCUCUUCUACAAAUAUUCUACAUUGUAAUUUUUGCAUUAUUCAGUGUUAAGAAGGCGUUGAUUUUGAAGCAAUUCGUGGGGGCUAUUCUGUUUAUUUCGGGAGUUUAUGCGUACAGUAUUGUUCACACAGACAGGAUAAAAGCUACUGAUCACAUUGGCUUUCUCAGCUGCAGUCUCACUAUUUUAUUCUUCGCCUCCCCCUUGACUAUGCUGGUGCAUGUAAUCAAGGAAAAGAAUACCGACAGUCUACCGUUUCCUGUGAUAGUGGCCUCAUUUGUCGUCUCCUGCCAGUGGUUUGUCUACGGAACUCUGUUAGAAGAUCCCUUCAUGGAGAUACCCAACUUCAUGGGAUGCAUUCUCUCUGCAUUUCAACUAUCACUAUUUGUUAUUUAUCCAGGAAAAAAACAGAAUGCUGCGCAUUUUAUAUAAGAAGACUAUCUGAAAUAUUUUAUGAUUGACUGACUGCUUGACUAACCAAUAAAUGAAAUAUUGGUUAUAUCUUCUAAA